CAAAUCAUUUGACAACGCUAGUUUGCGAUAUGAGAGAACUAUGGCUUCCUCCUUGAUUAAGUGGUUAAGAGGAUUAUAUCUUUUUUUCUUAACAUGUCUCCUGUCCGUUUUUGCUUUUUUGAAUUUAGAAGAAUUAAAUGAAAUGAAAUAUGGAAUACAGAUUCUGCCCGACCCUGUUAUUAUGGGACAGAUGGAAGAUGUGAUGUUGGUCUCUAACAAAUACAAGCAGCUGUAUGAGUGUCGUUUGCCAGCUCAGGCAGUGCGAUUCCAUCAGGACCCGGUAUCAGAGCCUGACAUGCAGGGCUACAGUGGCCCAGGAGUCCCUGACCUCCUCAAGCCCAUGCAGACUGCACCAUGCCUGAUUAAGACCAAAGACUGGUGGACUUAUGAGUUCUGCUAUGGCCAGCACAUCAGGCAAUAUCACUUAGAAGAUUCAGAGAUCAAGGGAGAUGUGCUCUUUUUGGGAUAUUAUGAUUCAGAGUUCGACUGGACCAAUGAAACUGCCAAGGCAUCUAAGCAGCAUAAACUGAAGAGGUAUCAUAGUCAGUCAUAUGUCAAUGGCUCUAAAUGUGACUUGAAUGGCAAUCCCAGAGAGACGGAAGUCAGAUUUGUGUGUGAGGAGGGCUCUAGUGAUUAUAUUGCACGGGUAGAUGAACCUCAGUCCUGCCGCUACGUCUUGACAGUACACACCUCUCGUACCUGCCAGCACCCCCUCCUGCGGCCACCUUCCACUGCCAAGCCACAAGGCAUUGUGUGCCAACCUGCUCUCAGUGCCCAGCAGUAUAUGGACUAUGUCAAGGCUCAAGUCUCUGACACUAAACGUAAAGUGGAGCAGAUCUCGGAGGAGCUCAAGAACCUGGAUGAAAUUCUGUCCAAAGAUGACAAGAACAAAGGAUUGCAGGAUGAAAAAACAGAUGAGGACCCUGCAGUCCAUUCAGAUGAGCCUCCAGUUUCAGAGUCAGAAACCAAAGAGGCUGAAGUAGCUGAAGGGGACUCGGUGAGUGAAGAGCCAGAGGACAAGGACUUCUGGGAGGGAGUGACCAAACCAGCAAGCACAGAGUCAAGCACUCCUGACUCAGAGACCCAUCAGGAGCCUCAGGACAGCCAAUUGCACGAAAAUGACAUAUUUGGGGAGGAAAAGUUUAAUUUUAAAAUCAUCACAGACCCUGCAGACCUCAUGAAGUUUGUACAACACCUCAGAGAGAGCAACCAGAAGAACAGGAAAGCUGAGCUGGAAAAAGAGAGCCAACAAUCAUCUCAUAAGAGAGAAGAGGAGGAGGAGGAGGAUGACGAGAAAAGAAAGGAGAGGACAGCAGGACCGGAGCUGGAGGUGGAGGUAGAGGAAGGGGAUGAGGAUGAAAGAUUGCUGAAGGAGUUUGAGGAUGAGAUGGCAGAUCUGUCUGUUCCCUCCUCCAAGAUAGAAGAGAUAAAAGAAGAAAUGCAGAAGGAGUUUGACAACAUCAUAGAGGAAGCUCAGCAGGAGUUAGAGAAUGAAGGUCUUAAGGGUGAGUUUGAUCGCUCUCAGGCUACGCAAACUCUAGAGAACACACUGGGGAAACUUCUGGACCGUCUUGAAGACAAGACUGAACAUGAGAGUGAACCAGACUCAGAAAAAAAUACAGAUAUGCAUAAAAGCACACACUCGCCGCACAAGACAGAAGGAGGCCCUUCUCCUGACAGCCCAAACCUGGUUCCCAAAACACCAGCCCAAGCGGGCAGCAGUGGCGAGCAGGUAAAAGUCAGGGUGACUAAGUAUAAGGUGGGCGGAGGUGUGGCUGCAGGAGCGGUUACCGGGGGCAACGAUGAUGAUGAUGAGGGGGGUGUGAAGGUGAAGGAACUGGGCGAGGGCGACCCCCAGUGGCAGCAGAUUCAGGAAGUGGUCAAAGAGCAGCUAGAGAGAGCCGGCAUCAAGGCCGAAGGAAAGAUUGAGGUGAAGAUUUUAACCCGUAAAACAGCAGAGGAAGCAGGAGACCAGUGGCUCACCGAGGAGGAUACAAAAUCAUUUAGAGAGCUUCUCAUCAAUCUUCUGACGGGAGGUACAGAGGAGGUGUAUAAAGAGCAGAAGAGACAGCAAGAGUUGGAGAAUAACUACAAAUUUGUCUGGGGAGAAAAACAGGAUGAGAGCCAGUCCACAGGAAACAGUGAUUCUGAUGAAACAGACUUUUGAGCUAUUUCCUUAAGCACAGUUAAUGUGAAGAAGGGCAGCGAGCAUUCUCUGAACUCCGAACUUUAAGCUACCUGGUUGUCACUUUAGAGUGUGCAUGGCAACCAAACUGUUCUCUCAGACUGUUUAAGUCAUGUGAGCCCUGUAAAGGGUUCAGUCCACGGCCGUGAAUUCUGAAUACCCUGUAUGAGCAUCUGUAAGUUGUUUAUACUGUAUCUUGCCUGUUUUCAGUUUGGGAUUUUCUUUUUUUUUUAAAUAUACAAAUAUACUUCA